AUGAUAGACAACGUCAUCAUCCAACAUGAUUUCCGGUACGUGAUACAAGAUGUGCAAAGGGGCGUGGUAGAAAAUGAAAGGUUCUGGGUCUAUAUUAAUGACGAGCGAACCGAGUUUGAGUGUGUUGGCAAGGAGAUUGUCUCCUUAGGACCAUGGAAGUUCGAGGAAAAGAAUGGCGACAUUGUGCUGAAAAAUGGUUCUAAAAGCAUCACAGUGAAACAACCGUCGUCGAUCAUGAAUGCUGAUUAUGAAGUCAGCUGCCUGGCCGCCACAGACGAUGGCAAACUUGCUCUAGGCGGUACACAAGGACAACUCAAGUUUAUAAAUUCCGAUGGCAAGUGUGUCGAGGCGCACGACGCCCACUAUUCAGAUAUUUUACAAAUACAGUACUUUCCAAGCAAGCAGGUGGCGAUGACAAUGGGCCUUGAUUACAGCAUCAAAAUCUGGUCUGUGCUGGACGGAAGCAACCCAAGAACGAUGCGCAAGCAUACUUCAACGCUCACAGCCCUCGCUGCGAUAGGGCGCGGAAGAAAUAUUGUCUCUGGAGCGCGGGAUGGUGCAGUUUACAUAUGGGAGUGUGCCAGUGGAAAAGCAGUUUGGGAGUUUCGGCGAGUGAAGAAUUUGGCAGAUCCUGUGGUAGGACUCACUGUGAUAGACACUGGGUGCCCCAGGAAUGAAGUUCAACAGGUAUCUGACUCUAUUUUUUACGAGACAGAAAACAAGACGUUGCUAGUUGCCCACGAAAGCGGCGUGGUGGCAACGUACGAUUUGGAAACGCGCUGUUCUCUUGGUGAGUUUUCAGCGGGGGACAGAAUGUCUGCGUUUGCUGCCAAUAAGGAGCUUUUGGUGACGGGCCAUUCUGACGGCACGAUAAGGUGUUUUCGAGGAUCCGAAAAGGCAUGGGAACUGCAGGGCGACGAGGAAGUUCGCAAGAUACAGAUAUCGGACAACAAAAUCUUCUGCUUGCAGAGACAGGUGGCCAUCGUCGAUUAUGAUGGAAAAGUUGAAUCUAUAUUCAGCGACUAUUACGGGCUAAACGAUUUCUGCGCAAUUCCUGGUAGCUUGUAUGUCGCCUGCAAGAGCAAGAGCGUAAAAGAGAUCAGUUUGUGA